AUGAAAGAAGAGGAAAGAAAAAACCAUACCAGCUGUUUAACCGAUAAGCAUGAGAAAGAGAAGAGAAUGAAGAAAAAUCCAAUCGACACCAACACUAUGCUGAAAUACCAUGCAACAGUACUCAUGAAAGGGAGAGAAAACUACUUCAUACGAAAAAUAUUUCCGAUGCAUGAACAGACGGAGCAUUCUUCGGUGGCGAGAGAUGAGGAGAGAAAAGUAAUGAAUGGGAAAAUUCUUGGAGUAAUUAUUGGCCUGAGCGGUUUUAAGACUAAAUAG